GGCGUCGCUGGAUUGAGGUUUCCGGGCAACUCCACUGCAACAGCAGGAUACGGGCUGCACAGAUUCACCGAAACCCUUAUUUUAGAAGAGACUGGUGUCAUUUAAUUGCUGUAUUAGCGUAUAUGCCGGCUAAGUAAGUUGAAUACAACACCUUAAACUGAGCCUUUUCGCAUAUUAACGGAGCUUUAAAAGUCAACGGGACAAUGGCUGAUCAGCUGACCGAGGAGCAGAUUGCUGAGUUCAAGGAGGCGUUCUCGCUGUUUGACAAGGAUGGUGAUGGCACAAUUACUACCAAGGAGCUUGGGACUGUGAUGCGCUCUCUGGGGCAGAACCCCACUGAGGCUGAGCUGCAGGAUAUGAUCAAUGAGGUGGAUGCUGAUGGUAACGGUACUAUUGACUUUCCUGAGUUCCUGACCAUGAUGGCCAGGAAGAUGAAAGAUACAGACAGUGAGGAGGAGAUCAGAGAAGCCUUCAGAGUCUUUGACAAGGAUGGUAACGGCUACAUCAGUGCAGCUGAGCUACGGCACGUCAUGACCAACUUGGGCGAGAAGCUCACUGAUGAGGAGGUGGACGAGAUGAUCCGUGAGGCUGACAUUGACGGUGAUGGUCAGGUCAACUACGAGGAGUUUGUCCAGAUGAUGACUGCCAAGUGAAGAGAAGACUGAAAUUUCUCUCAACGUUGCUUGUCCUCCUAAAAUCACUGUCUUUAAGAACCAAAAAAAAGGAACAAUUAAUCAAAUGAUCAACUUCCCCCCUAAAACAUCACUUAUUUGUAGAAUUUUGCAAUUUGUGCUUCAGAACAUCCAACUACUUCUAAGGUAUCUGUUUAGCAAACACCAACAGAAUAAUCCCUAGAGAAGUUAAUGGACCAAGCUUUAAGAGGGCUGAAGCCCCUGUACUUCAGACCAAGAUUCUGCUGAGUCACCCAGCUCCUGAUUAAUUUAGAGGAAAGAGCAACUCUGAAAAGGCAGAGGGAUAGGAAAUCUUGCUACAGUUCGUAUAGAGAAGUUGGCUAUUUAAUUCUUUCCCGAUAGUCUUCAACAACGAAAAUUGAAUCUCUUGCACCAGUGGUGAUUCUCCAAAUACCUGAAUUGAGUACUCUUCUUGCAUGCACCCUUUCUGUGGCCGUCUCUUGUGACAACAAGGAGGCUCUGAUCCCAUCAGAGGUAGUGGUCAGAUUGUGUACACACUGGAGGUAUAUACAUAAAUAUAUAGCUAUAUAUCUGUAAAAUUUGUGUCACUAUUGAUUAUUGCAAGAGCAAAUAGUUGCGAUGUAGGGUGUUCAUUGGUGCUCGGCUGGAGAUGAGCAUUCUUUACUCAGAGACUGAAAAGUGCUGGAGGUUUUCUCCCCAGUGGGAUGUGAUUUCGUCUUGUUUUGAGUUGUGGGCUUUACAUUGCCCGCAGCACUGAUUGGAAGCAGGAGUGUGUUGAAUUGUUUCAGGAUGGUUAUUGUGAAAAACACACUUGAGGACUGCAGUUAAUACAUUUGUUCUGCAUACAGAUAUCCUGAUGAUACAAUAUUGAUGUAACGCUUUAUAAAUGUGUUCUCAAAUAUUAAUGUAUUGAUGACAAACUUUGGUCACAAAAUAUAUCUCUAUAUAUUAGUGUAUCGUAAAGUUUGCAUUUGCCUAUUGUUGUAGUAAAUGACCUGUGACAUGUUUUCUCUUUGGUUUUGAAAUGUGCCAUAAUACUCAAAAAACGCCUCAACCUUCUUGCAAAACUUGUAGUUCAUUAGAAUAUAAUAAAUCUACUUAAUAUAAUAACAUAUAAAAAUACAUGCAGUUGAACAUAUUUGCACUUUGGUAUAAACCAUCUGGAUGUUAAAAAUAACGUUUUGUUCUGAAAGAAGAAAAAGAAACCAAAUGUCACUGUUGCUGCUGCUAUAACAAAUCAUAGGUUUCACUCAUUUCUUGUCCUUGUUGGUGUCUGAUCUUCAAUUUGUAGUCCGGUGAUCAAACUUCAGUCUGCUUGCUGUUUUACUGAACAGAAUACAUAUACUGUAUAUUCACAAAUACUUCUUGUGGUGGGGGUGAUGUGAUCCAUUUGGACUAUUAGAGUGGGACUUUGAAACGGGGAUGAAGUGGGUUUGUAGCAAAGGAUUCAGCUUUAGAUGUGGUUUCAGUAUUAGGUUUUUGAACAGUUGGCUAAAUUUAAGAUGCAGGUUAGCUGGGGUAUCUUAUGAUUUCCUCUAAGUGUGAAACCUAAAAUACUUCUCUUGUUUGAGGCGUUUUAAUUGGUUACCUUUGAGUCAGAUGUUUGGAAGUAAAUGGUUGAUGGGCUAUUAACUCCUGAGGGUAUCUCAAAAAUGUAAAGAUGUGAUAUAUUUUCCAUAAAUCAAUAAAUUGACUGAGCUUUA